UAAAAAAAAAAAAACACCACAGUGAGACGGAGGUUACUGAAGAAAGCAGGAAAAGAGAGAGAGAGAGAGAGAUAAGGCUCGCAUGGGAGAAAGCAGGCAGCUGAGAAGAGAGCCCACGAGGGGAGUGUUUGGCCAACAUUCAGUGGGGCUGAAGGGUACCAUCAUUACAGCGUGGACUGUGGAUGUUAUAAUGUGCAUCUUCAGUGGUUUUCUUGGCCAAUUUAAUGAGCUUCCCUCAUACGUGAGCUGGAUUACAUAUGUGUCCUUCAUAAGGUAUAGCUUUAGAGGAAUUGUAAUGUCCCUUUAUGGUAUGGAUCGUGCUGACCUGGAGUGUGCUGAGGGCAUCUGCCCACUACAGAAGCCUGAGACAAUUCUGAACGAGCACAAGAUUUAUGAGAAUGAGCUGGCAAUAGUCUUCACCGUGCUGGUCUUGUACUUCCUCUGCUUGCGUCUGGCAACGUAUUUCGUUCUGUGUUACAAGGUCCGGUCAUUGAGGAGAAAGUGAGAGCUUCCAAAUUGAAGUCCACUGGAGCACAAGAAUGGUCCACCUACAUCUGAAUGGAUCUUCACAAAGUACAAGUUUGAAUUGAUUUGCUUUCUCUGUUACACAUCCUGUGAAUGAACUGACUGCCUACAAGUGAUGCCACGUUCUGUUGAUGAAUGACACAUUAGUUGACAACUGGAGCCAUGAGAUUCUGACAUCUGUUGAGCUGUGGACUUCUGCCUUAUCAUGCAAGUUUAGAUUUAUGGACUAAUAGUUUCACUCAUUGAUUCACUAAAGAAUAGUGCAAAGUUUAUUUUCUGAGGCACAAAGUUUUUUUUUUUUUCUUUGAAAGUUAUUUUACAAUGAGUUUGCCUCCUUCUGUGACAUAUUAAGAAUGUUUAUCAAUAUUCAGUUGCAAAAUACAAUUUUCAUGAUUUAUACAUCAAUUACACAUAAAAAAAUGAUUGUGAUCUUCAACAAAGUCACAUAACAGACAAACACAAUCUGCUAAAACUAAUAAAGACACAAAUAAUUGUACUUCUGAACUUUCACAGUCCCAUCAGAGGGUUCAAGUCUAUUGAGUAACCGGUAGAACCUCCUUCAUGGUGGCGCCUUGCCGUAAGGAGACCAGCAUUCACACGUUCUCCUCAUGUCUGCCUGCUCCUGUGUCCUCCCACAGUCCAAAAACAUGCAGGGUAGGUGGAUUGGUAUUGCUGAAUUUAACCCUCUUGUGAAUCCUACCAGGGCUGUUUUUCCUGCCUUGUGCCCAGUGCUUGCUGGGAUAGACCCCUGCAAUUCUACCCUGGAUAGGUGAGUUAGGAAAUGGGAAGGAUGAACCCCCUUUACCAUCCGUAACUUGAACCAAAGAUUUCUUGGAGCUGCUGGUCCUCAGAGUUUUCUCCUCGCCACACAGUUUCAGCACAUUGAUUUUUGUGGGACUCCUUGCAUGGGUUUCUCCUUUUAGGUCAGGCCACAGAUGUCACCCCUGGACUGAGGUCUGGAUUCUAAACAUACAUUUCCUCCAUUGCCACCUUCCUGGUUGUGUUUGUCUGUUAUUGGAACUGAGAUCUAAUUUUAUUUGUCACAUGAAGUUAUACAUGAUGUACAAUAUUGUAGUGAGACACUCUAAACUUCUACUAAACUUCAAGACUGUGCAUUAAAGAAGAGUUUCAAACAAGAAUACAUGACUUAAUAAACAUAAAUGCACAUCAAUAAGAUAAAUGGCAGC